GGGCCCCGAGCUGCACCCGGGGCAGGCAGGAGCCCAGCCUGGGAAAGGGAUGCCUCCCGUCUCGGACCACAGGGACACCCGCCCGGCCUCUCCACGAUGAUCCCCCCCGCGAGCAGCACCCCUCCGGGAGAGGCCCUCUUCCCCAGUGCUGCUCCUCAGGAUUUCUGGAGGUCGCAGAUCUCGGGUUACUCGGGGUCUGUGACACGGCACAUCAGCCACCGGGCCAACAAUUUCAAACGACACCCCAAGAGGAGGAAGUGCAUUCGUCCCUCUCCACCCCCGCCCCCCAACACCCCAUGUCCGAUUGAGCUGGUGGACUUUGGAGACCUGCACCCCCAGAGGUCCUUCCGGGAGCUGCUCUUCAACGGCUGCAUUCUCUUUGGCAUCGAGUUCAGCUACGCCAUGGAGACGGCGUAUGUGACCCCGGUCCUCCUGCAGAUGGGCCUGCCCGACCAGCUCUACAGCCUGGUGUGGUUCAUCAGCCCCAUCCUCGGAUUCCUACUGCAGCCUCUGUUGGGUGCUUGGAGUGACCGAUGUACCUCAAGGUUUGGAAGGAGACGCCCUUUCAUUCUUGUCCUGGCGAUAGGGGCGUUGCUGGGCCUGUCGCUCUUGCUAAAUGGCAGGGACAUCGGCAUCGCCCUGGCUGACACAACCAGCAACCACAAGUGGGGUAUCCUCCUGACCGUGUGCGGGGUCGUGCUGAUGGACUUCAGCGCCGACUCGGCCGAUAACCCCAGCCACGCCUACAUGAUGGACGUGUGCAGUCCUGCAGACCAGGACAGAGGCCUGAACAUCCACGCUCUCCUGGCCGGUCUCGGAGGAGGGUUUGGAUAUGUGGUCGGGGGAAUCCACUGGGAUAAAACCAGCUUUGGGAGAGCCCUGGGGGGACAGCUCCGCGUCAUUUACAUCUUCACUGCUGUCACCCUGAGCGUCACCACCGUCCUGACCCUGGUCAGCAUCCCUGAGAGGCCCCUGCGGCCCCUGGGAGAGAAGAGGACACCCAUGAAGAGCCCCAGCCUCCCGUUGCCUCCCUCCCCGCCCGUCCUGCUGGAGGAAGGUGCUGGUGACCCGCUCCCCCCACAAGCGGCCGCCAACCUGUACGCGAGCUUCUCCAGCCCCAUCUCCCCGCUCAGCCCCCUCACGCCCAAGUAUGGCAGUUUCAUCAGCCGGGACAACUCCUUGACGGGCAUUAACGAGUUUGCGUCGUCAUUUGGCACCUCCAACAUAGACAGCGUCCUCAUCGACUGCUUCACGGGCGGCCAGGACAACUACCUGGCCAUCCCCAGCAGCGUCCCGAGACAGGCCAUCAGUGUCAGCUUUCCCCGGGCCCCCGACGGCUUCUACCGCCAGGACCACGGGCCUCUGGGGAGGAGGGAGGGUGCCCUGACGUCCGGCUCCGAUGGAGACAUUUUAAGGGUGGGCUCCCUGGACACAUCCAAACCACGGUGCUCUGGGAUUCUGAAGAGACCCCAGACCUUGGCUAUCCCAGAUGCGGCUGGAGGAAGUGGGCCGGAAACUAGCAGGAGAAGGAACGUGACCUUCAGCCAGCAGGUGGCCAACAUCUUGCUCAACGGCGUGAAGUACGAGAGCGAGCUGACCGGCUCCGGGGAGCAGGCGGAGCAGCCGCUGUCGGCGCGGCGUCUCUGCGCCACCAUCUGCAACAUGCCCAAGGCGCUGCGCAACCUCUGCGUCAACCACUUCCUGGGGUGGCUGUCGUUCGAGGGGAUGCUGCUCUUCUACACGGACUUCAUGGGCGAGGUGGUAUUCCAGGGCGACCCCAAAGCGCCGCACAUGUCAGAAGAGUAUCAGAAGUACAGCAGUGGCGUCACCAUGGGCUGCUGGGGCAUGUGCAUCUAUGCCUUCAGCGCUGCCCUCUACUCAGCUGUCCUGGAGAAGCUGGAAGAAGUCCUCAGCAUCCGCACCCUCUACUUCAUCGCCUAUCUCGCCUUUGGCCUGGGGACGGGGCUCGCCACCCUGUCCAGGAACCUCUACGUGGUCUUGUCCCUCUGCAUAACCUAUGGGGUUUUAUUCUCCACCCUGUGCACGCUGCCCUACUCGCUCCUCUGCGAUUACUACCAGAGUAAGAAGUUCGCAGGGUCCAGCGCAGACGGCACCCGGCGAGGCAUGGGUGUGGACAUCUCCCUGCUGAGCUGCCAGUACUUCCUGGCCCAGAUUCUGGUCUCCCUAGUUCUGGGGCCCCUGACCUCGGCCGUGGGCAGCGCCAACGGGGUGAUGUACUUCUCCAGCCUCGUGUCCUUCCUGGGUUGCUUGUACUCCUCCCUGUUUGUCAUUUAUGAAAUUCCUCCCAGUGACACCACCGGGGACGAG